UUGCUAAAGUUACCAUCGCUAACGCGUGAGAGCUGACUGGGGAAUUAUUGAUCCCGGAGUUGGCUAAAUGAGCUGUAUACUUUGCAGAGUCAAUUUAAUGGAAUACGUCUUCUAAACGUGCGCUACACCAGUACAAUAAUAGCAACAAAGUUUGUACAGCACCUGCGACUGUCAAACUGAUUUAAGCCAGUCAGCAGAAACAGCAGCAGCAGUUCACCUACAUACACACACACACACACACACACCCACCCAAAUAUCACACACACACACUGCUAAAAUGGUGGACGCUGCGAGACAAAUGCUCGAUGAGCUAAUGGGUCGCAAUCGAAAUUUGCAUCCAUCUGAGGCUGGGCAAGCGGUCAAUUGGGAAGAUCCAGAGUUCUGUCAAUUUUACAAUGUGAAAUUCUGUCCGCAUGAUCUGUUUAUUAAUACUCGUGCGGAUUUGGGUCCUUGCACACGCAUCCACGACGAGGAGGCGAAACAUUUGUACGAGGAGGCGCGUCCAUCGCAGCGCAAACGCCAUACGGAGGAUGAGUUUCUGCGCUUCUGCAAUGUGAUGCUGCACGAUGUCGAUCGGAAGAUACAGAAGGGCAAGCAGCGCCUGCAGCUGAUGCAGCGCGAUCAUCCUUCGGGCACAAUGUCGCAAGCGGCCAAGCAGCAGGAGCAUCUGAACAAUCUAACCGCACGGAUCAACAAACUGAUGGCCGAGGCUGAGGAGGCAGGCAUCCGCGGCGAUGUGGAUCAAGCGCAGGAUCUGAUGGCCAUGUGCGAGGAGCUCAAAGAGGAGAAGGAAUCAUUGCAUCAGCAAUAUGAGGCGCACAUGAAAAGCUAUCACAAGUUGCGUGCGCCGCCGCCAACAUCGAUAACAACAGCUGUAACCACGCCCACCACACCAACAAUAAACGAAGCACCAAUAGGAGAACAGCUGCCGCUUGCCAGUCCCGGCUCCAGCAUAGAAAACGUAGCUGGCAAUACGAUUGCGCUCGACAGCAAAGAACCCAAUGAAACGACCGAUGAGGCAACAGGAAUUGCAAGCUCUCCAUCAAGCGAAUGUGCUUCGCCCAGAGCGGCUGCAUCCCCCUCAGCCGAUGACAACAAAUCGGAGUCCAAGGGCGAUGGCAAACAGACGGCGAAUUGGUCGCACGAAGUGCUGCCUGAAAAACAAAUGAAGGUGUGCGAAAUAUGCGGCGCUUUUCUGAUUGUGGGCGAUGCCCAGCAGCGCAUCGAAGACCAUUUGAUGGGCAAACAGCAUUUGGGCUACUCCAAGCUGCGCAAUGCUGUUGCCGAGAUCAAUGAGCGGCGACAAAAGGAGCACGAAGAGGAGGAGCGCAAGCGGCGCGAUGAUCGUGUGCAACGCUUUCACAAUAGCUACGAGAGCAGACGUGAUCAGCGCGACUAUCGGGAACGCAGUCGUGACUAUCCGCCCAAUCGUCAAUCGUCGGACAGGCGGCAUCAUCAUCACAAAUCGCACCACGGCCAUUCGUAUUCGCGCAGUGGCAGCCACAACAGCAGCAGCAGCAGUCGGCGCAGCAGUCAUAGUCAUCAUUAUCGUCACGACAGUCGGGAGCGGCAUGGUCGCAGUCGCAGUCGCAGCCGUUACUAGGACACAA